GGUAUAUACUAUUUCCAUUUCGUUAUCCGCUUGAAUUUGAUUAAAUUCUAGUCUUUGUGGUCGUGGUGCUGUCAAUAUUGUAUAUUUGUCAACGUCAACGAUUGUCAAAAAAUCUAACCUUCAACUUCGCGCGGAAGUGGAUUUGUUUGGUGUUUCUACUGUUUCCAGUUUUUCUGCUGUUUUGCCUCUUUCGACAGAUUUGGAUUUGUUUGACAUGCCUGUGAUGAGUUCUUAACCGAACUUGUUUACUAUAAUGUAAUUUGGAUUUCAUUACAACAAAGCUAUGGCUAACCGAACAGUAAAGGACGCGAAGUCUGUUCACGGGACAAACCCCCAGUAUCUAGUAGAAAAAAUCAUCAGAUCCAGGAUAUAUGAUUCUAAAUACUGGAAGGAAGAAUGCUUCGCACUUACAGCAGAAUUGCUGGUGGACAAAGCCAUGGAAUUGCGGUUUAUUGGCGGUGUAUAUGGGGGCAACAUCAAGCCUACUCCAUUCCUCUGCCUCAUACUCAAAAUGUUACAAAUUCAGCCGGAAAAGGAUAUUGUAGUCGAGUUUAUAAAGAACGAAGAGUUUAAGUAUGUCAGAGCUUUGGGGGCAUUCUACAUGAGGCUCACAGGUUCUUCAUUAGACAGCUAUAAGUAUUUGGAGCCUUUGUACAAUGACAACAGAAAGCUUAGGCGCCAGAAUCGUGAGGCACAGUUUGAAUUGAUUCAUAUGGACGAAUUUAUAGAUGAAUUGCUUAGAGAGGAAAGGGUGGUGUGCGAUGUUAUUCUUCCACGCAUUCAAAAACGUUCAAUAUUGGAAGAAAACAAUGAGUUAGAAGCAAAGGUAUCAGCUCUAGAGGAUGAUCUUGAUGAAGAUAUUGAAUUAGAAGAUGAAACUAAAUACGAUCUUGUUGAUCUCCAUGAUAAAGAAAAGGGGAAAGAAAAGGAAAAAGAUAAAAAGGAGAAAAGCAGAAAACGUGAUCGGAGCAGAUCAAGGUCAAGGGAAAGGACAAGACACAAAAAAGAUAAAGACAGGAAUCGAGAUAGGGACAAAGAACGCGACAGAGAACGAGAUAGAGAUCGCGAUAGAGAUAAAAAGGAUAGGAAGGAGAGAGACAAAGACAGAGAUCGUAGAGAUAGAAAAAGGGACGAGGAUAAGAGAAAGGAUAGAGAUAGGAGAUAAGCAUUUGUGUAAUAUUAAAUGUUUGAUUUUUGUAUGUUUAAGAAUCAUGUGCUUCGAUUUUCCGAAAUAAAUUGAUCCUCGACCAUUGUGUAGACAGUUUUUAUAUCACAUGUAGUCUAGGGUGUAAGUGAAACUGUAGUGUUUGCUGCAAAUUAGAUGAUUAAAACAUUCUAUUUGAUAUUUUAUAUA